AUGCGCAGAACGCUGGGUACGGUCGCGUUGAGUGCGGUUCUGUCUGUGGCGCUCGUGUACUGCUUCUGGUGCGGCCUGGAGCUCUACGCCGUUUUUCGUGGUCCGAUACCGCCUCCUCACCCCCAUCGCAACCACGACAUCGAUUCACGCUUCCCACUCAUCCACGCAUACCUCGUCCACGGCACCGGCGAUGAGGGAGGGAGGUGGUAUAUCCCCCCUUCAUGGAUCGAUGCGGUUAACGCGACAGAGACGCCCUUGCCGGAGGGCGUCAGCUUGACUCCGACGACGGUGUUGGAUGCAGCGUAUCUGGUGGUGUGGUUGUGUAGCACCCAGGGGAGGAUGCUGCGGAAUACGAAUAUACCGAGGGUUGUGCAUCAGAGUUGGAGGGAUGCGGAUGUUGGGGGGUGGCCCCGGGGGUUGUUGCCCUUUGUGGAGGAGUGGUUGGAGGUUGCGACCGGAACCGGCCACCCCCACGGCCCCCGCUACCCCCCUCCUCCCCUUCCCCCCCUCCACCCCUCACCGUCCACCGCCCUUCUCUCCCACGCCUACUUCCUCUGGACCGACACCGGAAUGUCCUCCCUCCUCCACGCCAUCGCAACCUCAACCCACACCCCCCACGCCUCCAUCCCCGGCGUAGGCCCAACCUACCGCCACCUCCCCCGCCCGGUGGAGAGAGCGGAUUUUUGGCGCGUACAGGUGUUGAGGUGGAUUGGCGGUGUUUAUGCGGAUACGGAUGCGAGGCCGCUGAGGGAGCCGGCGGGGUGGGUGCAGGGUGCGGAUUUGAGGGCUUGGAGGGAUGCGGGGGGGCGGGUUUUUGACUCACCACAAAUUGUUGGACCGGUGAAUAUCAUAUUGGGAAUCGAGGCGGAUGAUGAGGAAUCUUGGCGGAUGGGGUAUCAUUACCCUGUACAGUUGACGCAGUGGACGUUGGCUUCCGCGCCACAUCACCCGAUUUUGGAGGGGUACACGGAGAGGUUGUGUUUGGCGGUGCAUGAGGCUUUGACGAAUGUAAGCGAGGGUGUGGAUGGGAGGGAGAGUGUGUUGUCGGCGUUGGACCCGGUCGAUUUGACGGGCCCCGUCGCUGUUACGGCGGCGACGAGGGCGUAUCUUGAUGAUGCGCUCAAGGCCGCUGGGUCGACGUUCGAUACCGCAUUUACCUCGCGCGCAGUGUCGAAACCGCUCCUCGACACCCUCAUCCUCCCCAUAACAGCCUUCUCCCCCGGCCGCUCGACAUACUGGCACAACAUGGGUUCGAAACCCGUCACGCAUCCGGAUGCGAGGGUCCAGCAUAUGGCGCAAGGGACGUGGAGGAAGGGAAGGGUCGGGUGGGGGCAUUGGGGGGUUGAGGUUGGGAAGGCGUGUAGGACUGUAUUGGGGAUGUGUCGGGAUUGGAGGAAGAUAGAUUAG